AUUUGUAAAGGACUCCGCCAAAUGGGUCUUAUGAAAUGGAGUGACUUAACAUUAACUGUGAAUACAGAUGGGAGCCCAUUGUACAAGUCCUCCAAUGCCUCCAUUUGGCCCAUUCAAUUGUCGAUCAACGAGCUUCCGCAGCCCCAUCGAAAUGCAAAUACCUUCCUCGCCGGCUUGUGGUUUGGGCGGAAACACCCUGAUAUGGCUCUUUUUAUUGGGAAGUUUGUGAAAGCCUUACAGAUGGUUGGGGAGAUUGUGUGGCAGCAUGGUGCUGUGGACCUGAUCUCCAGAGUAUACCUAGCUUGUGUCUGCGUUGAUGCCCCUGCCAGAGCAGCUGUUGGAAACCAGACACAGUUCAAUGGCUGCUUUGGUUGCCCAUGGUGCCUAGCAUGUGGAACACUGCAAGAAGGACGUCGUCUCUACAUCAACUCGGAGCCGCCUGCACCAGAGAGGACAGCAGCAGGCAUACGCAGGGACAUGAAACUUGCCAUGGAGCUGCAGACUCCAGUCAAUGGAUGA